UGCAUUUACAGGAUAAUAUAGUGUCAGAUACAUUAGUAGUGGAUCAAUCUGUGGAAUUGAUGGAAAUAGUACAUGAAGAAGAAGAUGUUUCUGUACAGAAGGAACUCAAAGGUAAGAAACUUUCAUGGCAAAAGUUAAUUAGGAACGACUCCUUCGACAUUGAGUCCAGCAGAGUUGGAGGCCACCAUGCAUAUGGCCAAGAAUUCAAGGUUUGUACUGGUUGGUCGGUUAUAUUGAAACUAGCAUUCCAGAGUAUUGGAAUAGUUUAUGGUGAUAUAGGUACAUCACCUUUAUAUGUGUAUUCAAGCACAUUCACUGAUGGAAUAAGGCAUAAUGAUGACAUUUUGGGGGUUCUUUCUUUAAUCUUCUACACUAUCACUUUAAUUCCUCUCAUCAAGUAUGUCUUCAUUGUCUUAAAGGCCAAUGACAACGGCCAGGGAGGGACGUUUGCAAUGUAUUCUCUAUUAUGCCGAUAUGCAAGUGUUGGAUUGAUCCCGAACGAGCAAGUUGAGGACACUAACAUCUCAAAGCUUGAGGUUGAUAGUAGACGCUUAUGGAUUAGAUCUAGACUUGAGAAUAGCAACUUUGCCAAGUACUCCCUAUUGUUGCUCAGUAUGCUUGGCACUUCCAUGUUGAUUGGCGACGGCAUCUUCACUCCUUGCAUUUCAGUUUUGUCCGCCGUUGAAGGUAUUAAGGAAGCUACACCCGCUAUGACACAAGAUAGAGUAGUUUGGAUAUCAAUAGUCAUCUUGAUCGGCCUAUUUAUGGUUCAAAGGUUUGGAACUCACAAAGUGGGCUAUACAUUUUCUCCAAUACUUCUUCUAUGGUUUGUACUUAUUGGUGGUAUUGGAGUCUACAAUCUCAUCAAGUUUGACUUGACAAUCGUUAAGGCCCUAAAUCCAUACUACAUAGUAGCUUAUUUUACCAGAAAUAAGAAAGAAGCUUGGCUUUCUCUUGGGGGCAUUGUGCUAUGCAUAACAGGAGCCGAAGCUUUGUUUGCUGAUGUGGGACACUUCACUGUGAGGUCCAUUCAAAUAAGUACUUGUGCUAUAACGUAUCCAGCUAUUAUUUUAGCCUAUGCUGGACAAUCUGCUUUCCUUCGCAAGCAUCCUGAUGCUGUUUCUGAUAUCUUUUUUAAGUCAAUUCCAGGCCCUCUAUACUGGCCAAUGUUUGUGCUGGCUGUAAUGGCGGCAAUCAUAGCUAGUCAGUCUUUGAUUUCUGGAACUUUUUCUGUAAUCCAACAAUCCAUUUCUUUGGGGUGCUUUCCACGCGUGGAGAUUGUUCACACAUCGGAAGAUCACAAAGGACAAGUUUAUAUUCCGGAAGUCAAUUACCUACUCAUGGUGGCUUGUGUUGCUGUCACUUUAAGCUUCAAAAACACUGUACAACUCGGCUACGCCUACGGGUUAGCGGUGGUGGUUGUAAUGACGAUCACAUCAUGCAUUCUAGUGCUAAUCAUGGCAAUGAUAUGGAAAACUCACAUACUUGUCAUAAUCUUAUACAUUGUGACCAUUGGUGCCAUAGAGCUUGUGUACUUGACCUCAGUUCUCCACAAAUUUGGCCAAGGAGGGUACCUUCCUAUUGUCUUUGCGGCAAUAAUAGUUGCAAUAAUGUUUGUUUGGCAUGACGUGUCCCGAAGAAAGUAUAAUUAUGAGUUUCAGAAUAAGAUUUCUCCACAGAUGAUCAAUGAUAUUGUGGUUGACACAAGGCUCACUCGAAUGCCUGGCAUUGCCUUAUUCCAUUCUGAAUUUGUACAAGGAAUCCCUCCAAUUUUCAAGCAUUAUGUUCAAAAUGUGCCAGCACUACACUCAAUCCUUGUCUUCGUCUCUAGCAAAUCGCUACCAAUUAGUAAGGUUCCCCCGGAGGAACGAUUUCUCUUUCGCAGAGUUCAGCCUAAGGAGCUGAACAUGUUUCGUUGUGUUGCAAGGUAUGGCUACAGAGAUUCUCAUCACAAGGAGAGUCAACCUUUUGAAGAAAUAUUACUUGAUAAACUAAAGGAUUUCAUCACGAACAAGAGUACUGAUCAAGAAUCAAUGAACGAUGAUGAUGAUGAUGAUGGAGAUGGAGAUGAGGUUGAAAUACUUGAAAAAGCAUUCGAGGAUCAUGGUGUUGUCCAUUUGAUGGAAGAAACCCAACUGUUUGCUGGUGCAGGCGCUAAUUUGGCUAAGACAAUCCUAAUUAAUUAUGCUUAUAAUUUAUUAGAAAAGAAUAUCAGCCAUGCAAAGCAAGCAUAUAAUAUUCCUCACAACCGGAAGGUCAUAAUUGGCAUGACCUACGAACUUUGA